CUUUCGUUUUUUAAGCCUGAGAAAAAAAGAAACGCGAAUAAGAAACUAUUUAUUCGAGUCGUCUCGAAGUAAAUACAAGUGCGACCGACUCCUUUGCGUAACCUGUUUUGAACACAGAGGAGACAGAACACGACGCGCGACCGCUUGCAGUUGUUCGGCCAACGGUCCACCGAUUUUAUUUCGAGUUUAAAUCGCUGGGGUGGUGCAUACGAGCGUUUUCGCGGUGAUAAUUUCACGCGGUAGAAAUUGAACGAUCGUCGAAGUGAAUUGUUUGACUCGUUCGAGGACCGACAGCAUACAAGACGACCCGGUACAAACUCUACUCGGAUCUAAAUUUCUCGGAUCUCAAUUUCCGACAAAACCAUCCCUCGUUCACCAUGAUGGAGGACAAGAACCAGUGGGACUACUCGAUCCAAAACGGACCGAGCACAUGGGUAACGAAAUUCCCAAUGGCGGCCGGUUCCAGGCAAAGUCCGGUGAACAUCGAGACCGAUCGGGUCGAGUCCGAUCACGAGGCUCUAAGUAACAAACCCCUGCGAUGGAAGUAUCCGGCCACCGCUUCCCGGAAGCUCGUUAAUCCGGGUUAUUGCUGGCGCGUGGAUGCCGAUGGCGAAGGCACUUUUUUGAGCGGUGGUCCUCUGAUCGACGAUGUCUAUAAGCUGGAACAGUACCACUGUCAUUGGGGAUGCAGCGAUUCCAGGGGGUCGGAACAUACUGUGGAUAGCCAAGCGUUCGCGGGAGAGUUGCAUCUAGUUCAUUGGAACACGAGCAAGUAUAACACGUUCGCCGAAGCCGCGAAAGCAUCAGAUGGCCUCGCUGUUCUCGGUGUCUUUCUGAAGGUGGGCAAGACGCACCACGAAAUGGACAAGAUAGCGCGUAUGUUGCCAUACGUGUCGCAUAAGGACGAAGUCGUAGAAAUUGCCGAACUUAUCGAUCCCAGUAAACUCCUUCCUGACGACAACGGUUACUGGACGUACCUGGGCUCAUUGACCACGCCACCCUGCAACGAAAGCGUUACAUGGAUCCUGUUCAAGAAAUGCAUCGAGGUGUCCCAUCAUCAGCUUAACAUAUUUCGUAACCUGCGGAAGUUCCCGCGUGGAGAAGAAUGUCCUUGCCACGAAAACCAUGGAGUGGUAAUCAACAACUUCCGUCCGCCCCUGCCGCUCGGGAAUCGCGUGUUGCGGGAGUGCGGCAGCUUCUGAGCGGGGCCGGGUUUCGCUCGCUCGCUCGAGCCACGAGACGAUCGACGUGGUACUACCGUUUCGCACGAUUCGGGAAUCCGGUCCGUCGACGUCGGCCGAAAGAUAACCCGGAAAGAAACGACCCGCGGCUGAUCCUCGCGACAACUGGUCGCCUUUUUCCGGAUAUCCGAACCGGAUCGAUCCGAUCCUAGCCAGCGACAAAUCGUUAACAGGAGGUGCAACGAACUGGGUCCGCUCGCGACCUUCGAACGAUCGUUCACCCCCCACUUCGAUUACCAAGUGCAAUUAAAUAGUAGAUUAAACGAGAGCAUUACUUCGCUUGACCGUAACCGUAGGGACUAGAUUUAGUCGGAGGACACCGCCGUUAAUGGAUCAA